UUAUUGUCAUAUGUUGAUCUCCACUCAGUGAUCGAAGAACAGUUGAUCGUAGUGAUCAUUUUUGAAUCGUUUUCUAAUUCGUCUAUGUUUCGAAUAACAACGCAACUUAUUCGAAUCAUCUAAUCGAUAAAUUGUUUUUGUUUCUCUUUUCUUUCCUUUUUUUUUUUUAUUAUUCAAAGAACAAAUAAAUUCAGAUUAAACGGUGAUCGAAUGAAAUGUCUGGUUUAAAUUCACGAACACGAUGGGAAGUUCGAGCUUCUCAUAUUGCAAAAAGAACGCACAACCCUAUAAGAUCGAUCGUUGAAAACAUCGUCGUAGAACCUAAUCCUAAGAAGAGAAUGAUCGCAUUGUCGAUCGGUGAUCCAACGACUUUUGGGAACUUAAAACCAGCAAAGGAGGUAAUUGAAGCUGUUCAAGAAAGUGUUGCUUCGCAAAUGUACAAUGGUUAUGCUCCGAGUACAGGUUAUGAAAAAGCAAGAGAAGCUGUAGCCGAGUACAGUUCUACCGAUUUCGUUAAGGUAGAAGCCAAGGACGUGAUCCUUUGUAGUGGUUGUUCCUGUGCCCUGGAUCUCUGUAUUACUGUAUUGGCAAGAGAAGGACAGAACAUUCUGAUUCCACGUCCUGGUUUUUCUAUUUAUCGAACGUUAGCAGAAGGUCUUGGAAUCGUAGUGAAGACUUACAAUCUUUGCCCAGAACGCAAUUGGGAAAUCGAUCUCUAUGACCUGGAGACGAAGAUCGACGAAUCUACGGCAGCGAUAGUUAUAAACAAUCCCUCGAAUCCAUGCGGUUCUGUGUUUAGCCGCAACCAUAUACUCGAUAUUCUGAAUAUUGCUACACGUUACUACCUACCUAUCAUCGCUGACGAAAUUUACGAACAUAUGGUUUUCCCUGGACAGACUUUUCACUCGUUAACGUCUCUCCCUAGUGAAGUUCCGAUUUUACUAUGCAGCGGUCUUGGAAAGAGGUUUUUGGUACCUGGCUGGCGUAUGGGAUGGAUAAUCAUCCACGACAAACAAAAUGUACUAGAGGAAGAGAUUCGCAAGGGUUUGCAAUGUUUGAGUCAACGAAUUAUUGGUAGCAAUACGCUUAUACAGGGUGCCUUACCUGCCAUUUUAAAAAAUACACCACAAAAAUUUUACGACGAUGUCAUGUCUAUCUUGUUCACUCAUUCGAAAUUGUGUUAUAAUUGUAUAGCUAAGAUACCAGGAUUGAAGCCGAUAAUGCCAGGCGGUGCGAUGUAUAUGAUGGUUUUUAUAGACUUAUCUUGUUUUCCUGAAUUUAAUACCGACGUUGAUUUCGUCCAACGUUUGCUCAUGGAAGAAUCCGUUUUUUGUCUGCCGGGUCAAUGUUUCGACUACCCUUCGUAUAUGAGACUGGUAAUUACCAUACCUAAAGAUAUGCUUGAGGAAGCAUGCAAAAGAAUCGAAGAAUUUUGCUGGAGACACCAUUACAAAACGUCACAAAUUAGUAGGAAAAAAAGUUUGAUUGAAAAUUAGAUAACUAUUACAUGUUAUGCUUUGACGAAUGAAAUAGAUGUGAAUUAGAAUAAUUAUCGUGAAAAUUCUAUAAUAAUAUUAUUCAUAAAAUAGACACAACCAAUGACAAUCUUACGAUAAAAAGAAUUAUCGUUUUAAUAUAAGGUAAGUCGGGGGAAUAUGCCACAGCUAAGGAAAAAAUCAAUCUAAAAAGUACAUAAAUAAAUUUAAUGAAACUUAAA